UCCUGCUCGAGAAAUUGCCGGCUCAUGCCGGCGGCUCGCCGCCUUUACCGGCAGCGGUGGCCGCCCUGUUUCCUCCGGGGCCUGGCAAAGGGGGUUGCCAGCGCGGGAAGGCUGCCAUUAACGAGGCGGCUCUUAUCUCCUUACCGCAGCCCUCUGCCUCCCCACCGGGCGAGCGGGAGGAGCGGAGCCCGAGGGAGAGCGAGCGGGACGUGGGGGGCUCUCGGGGAGCGUGUCCCGCCGCGCGUGGUGCCCGUCGGGGACCGCGCACCCCUGAGGGCGCACCGCGGGGGGGAGACGGAGGAGCGGGCGCCGUGCCAGGACACACCAUGGGCAACUGCAUCCCGGUGAGCCCCAGCAUCCUGGAGAGCAAGAACUCCCUGGACCUGAUGGACAUCCUGGGCAACCUCUCCUACGACGUGACCGCCUACGAGGACAGCAACGGGACCUUCCCGGACUACGACGCCGCGCCCUGCCACAACGAAUACUGUCCCCUCUUCCAGCGUGUGGCCCCCACUUUCCUGGCCGUCACCUGCGCUGUGGCCACCCUGGGCACCGGGGCGCUGCUGGUGGCACUGGCCAAGCGGCCACAUGCCUGGGGCUGGCCCCAGAGCCGAGCGCUGGUGGCCCAGCUGGCGGUGGGGAUGGGGCUCUUCACCACCCUGCUGCCGGCGGUGGCGGUGGGCAUCGGGCAGGGCUGGCGGCUGGGCACGGGGCUCUGCAGCCUCACCCACCUGCUGUGGCACUGGAGCCUCUUCGCCCAGGGGCUACUGGUGGCCAGCGGCUCCUGCAGCACCGCCUGGUGCCGCUGGGACCCCCGGAGCCGACGCCUGACCGUGGCCGUGUGGGCCGGGGCGCUGCUGCUGGCGACGCCGGUGGCUCUCGCCAGCGGCACGGUGGCGUCCCCGGUGACGAGCUGCGUCCGCCGGAGCGUGGCCAUCCUCUCCCCCGCGUACCUGCUGCACCUCGCCUUCUGCCUCUGCCUCUUCCUGCUGCUGCCGGCGGGGCUGCUGGUGGCCACGCUGGCCGUGCCGCGGCUGAGGGCGGGCUGGCAGCCGGGCGUGGGGGCGAGCUGGCUCUUCUUUGGGCUCUGGCUGCCUUACGGCGUGGGGCUGGGGGUGGAUUUCCUCCUGCGAGCCCGGCUGCUGCAGCCCAGCUGCGGCACCUUCGAGCACUUUGACUACGUGCUGGGGCUGGGCGAGGGGCUGGGGGUGCUGCACUGCUGCCUGGGGCCCGCCGCCCUGCUCGCCGCCCGCCUCCGCCGCUGCUGAGCUCCUGGAGCUGCAGCCCCCGGCCCCGCGCCAGCCCCCGGCACCGUCCCCUCUCCCCACCGCGUCCCCACCAGCCCCCCAGCUCCUGCCCCGCAGGCAACGCUCCCCCCGGGGAGGGCAACGUGGCGCUUCUCCUCCCUCCGUCCCCUUUCCCCGGCGUCUCAGCCCCACCGUUUGGGGCCAGACACCCCGAUUUGCUCAAUCCCCGGGGUGCCUCAAGCAUCUCCUCAAGACCCCAGGGGGUGUCAGCCCCCCAGGCUCGGCCCCAGCUCCGUGGGGAGAUUCCAGCAGCGGUGAUGUGAAGCGACAGAGGAUUUUUUCCUCCCUCCCGACAAGCCGAGAUAA